AUGAAUAGAAAUGAUAAGCAAAUUGAACAUUACCGUUACAAUUCCAAAAAAGGUCGGAUUGGCAAAGGUUCCUAUGCUACAGUUUACAAAGGAUUUGAUACCAAUUUAAAUUAAAAUGUUGCCAUCAAACAAAUUUAUAAGGCAGAUCUCUAAAGUGCAGGUUCUAUUACACUUCAAUUAUUUUAGAUAAUGAGUAACAUUUAUUGAAUGAGAUUAACAUGCUUAAAAGGAUUAAAAAUCCUAAUAUAAUUGAAAUCCUUGAUGUUCUUUAAACGAAGGAGCAUUAUUAUAUUAUAUUAGAAUAUUGUAAUUUUGGAGAUUUAGACUCGCUGCUUAAACAGAAGGAUAGUAUAAAAUUAGAUGAUCAUAUAACUUUUUUGUAGGACAUCUUAAAUGCCUUUACAACAUUAAUUAGAUAUGGGAUAGCACAUAGAGAUCUUAAACCAGCAAAUAUUUUAGUGCAUCAGGAAGGAAAAAGAAGGAUUUUUAAAUUAGCUGAUUUUGGUUAUGCAAAGACAAUAUGCAAUUACAAUGCAUAAAUAUUAAAGAGCAAUCUGGGAACCCCUGCGUAUAUGAGUCCUUAAUUACUUAAAGAGGAAUAAUACACAACAAAAAGUGAUAUUUGGAGUUUUGGAGUAAUUUUAUAUUAAAUUAUAUACAAUACUUGUAUGUAUAUGAGUUAAUUUAGUGCCUUGGGUAGGAAAAUCAGAGUAUGAUUUGAUUUAAAAGAUUGUUAAUAUUCCAAUAGCAUUUCCUUAGACACCGAAGAUAUCAACAGUCUGUUAAGAUUUAAUAAUAAAUUGUUUAUAAGUUAACGAAGAACAGAGAUUAAAUUGGGAUGACUUAUUUAGACAUCCAUAUGUAAGUCAUUAUUUUGGAUAAGUGAAUAUUCAAUAGAACAGUAGUUUGAAAAAGAUGUAUACUCUAACCCAGUGGCUUAGAUAGAAGAUUGGAUCAGAGGAAAAAAUGGAUCAGUUCUUAAUUAAAUUAAAUUUAAAGAAUAAUUAAUGGGAAUUAAACAACGAAGAAUUCAGUAAGUUAAUUNUAUAAUUAUUUACUAAGAGUAAUUUGUAUGAUUACACUAUAUAUUUAUAAUAAUAUCCAGUAAUUCUAAGAUGA